AAUCGAUUACGAAAAAUAUAAUCGAUUCUCAUAUAAUCGAUUCAGAAUCGGGCAUCUCCUGCGCUCAUUGUGUAUAAGACUUUACAUCGCGUGUUGCAGACGAAGCUGUAAAUACUCUUCUUUCUUUCGGCAAACGACAGUUAUAGCAAGAUGUCUCUCGUUAUUCCUGAAAAGUUUCAGCACAUUCUUCGUGUCAUGGGCACGAACAUCGACGGUAAUAGAAAAGUCAUGUUCGCCAUGACUGCAAUUAAGGGUGUUGGUCGGCGUUACGCCAACAUAGUCUUGAAGAAGGCUGAUAUCGACUUGGAUAAGCGUGCUGGAGAAUGCUCAGAGGAAGAGGUUGAAAAAAUUGUAACCAUAAUGGCCAAUCCAAGGCAAUAUAAAAUACCUGAUUGGUUUUUAAAUAGACAGAAAGAUAUUGUGGAUGGAAAAUAUUCACAGCUCACGAGUGCCAAUUUGGACUCGAAAUUACGUGAAGAUUUGGAAAGGAUGAAGAAGAUUCGUGCUCACAGGGGCCUACGUCACUACUGGGGUCUCCGAGUACGUGGUCAACACACGAAGACCACUGGUCGUCGCGGACGCACGGUUGGUGUGUCGAAGAAAAAAUAAUUUAACAAAUUUAUAAUUAAUUUUAUAUAUUAAAUAUCAGUAUAUAUUGUUUCUCUAGAUACAUUAUACUGAUUAAUCAAUAAAAUCUAAAAAACUUUAA